AAUGAAUAAUAAGAUCAAAGUUUAGAACUCAGAGUGCUGCGCAAUCUGAACAUCAAUAAAACGUAUUCAGAAAUGACCAAUUUAAGGUUAAUAAUUAACACCGACUGUUGUUCCCCUGUUGCCUUGUUUUACAUUGUGAUAAACUAUGACACAGAUAAAAAUACCACGUACAAAUUGUUCAGAAUUCCAGACUAUGAACCAUGCAAAUGAUGUUUUAAAUAUGCGCUUGUAGAGUGUGUGCACAGUAUAUAACAAACUAAUCAGUAUUAUGUAGUGUUAGUUCCAUCCUCUGUCUGUUUCAGAGUUUUCAUUUAAGGAAACUUGAAAGACUUGAAUCAAUUUUUUGUUAUUACGCAUCCUCUUUAUUUAGCUUUACUCGAGUGGGGUCAAAAUCUUUGACGUAGGAUCUCCGGAGUACAGCACCAUGUAUGGUAGUCACCACAGCUGCUUCUGUAAAAACAGGAACUUUAUGGUGCAUUAAGUUAACCUCGUAAACUCAUGGGAAUGGCUAGGAGGUUUGUUUAAUAGAGAAAGGUCUUGUCUUUUCUUUUUUUAGAUAUUUACUUUAAAUGUUCUUUUUCUGCAGUUUUUUUCAAUGUAUAGAUGUAAUAACAAAUUCUAACCAGUCUCAGCCUUUAACAUACCAAGCAACUUUGGCAUAAUCUUAUAUAAGUAAGGAGAAAACAGUGAUAAAUAGCUAUAACCCAUUUAAAAUGAAGGCAAACAACUUAAAAUAUAAAGAUAUUAUUAUUUGCAGUACCUUACAAAUUAUUAAGUAACUCAGGCAGGAAAGAAACACGUUUAUUUAACUCUGAUAUGUUUAAUUAUUUGGGGCUUUUUUCGCGAGGGUUUGAGCUUUAUUAACAGGGCCCGAGUUUAUGGGUGUAUGCUGUCCAGAAGGGCCAGCCCCUUUCCUAGCAGUGGUGGGUGUGUCUAUAUCUAUGUCAGGAGAACCAAGUGAGCAGAGUGUAGCUCAUUGCUGUUAGAGCCUGAGGAUACACAAGCUGGCAGUUAGAAAAUAAUUACGUACUGCUUCAAACAAAUCAUCACCUGUGCAAAAAGCAAACUGAAACAGGCCGCAGGUUGCUUGUAUUUGCACAGGCAUAUUAAGACGCGAUGUCAGACCCUCCUAAUUGCUGCAUCUGUCUGGAUGAGUUCGCAAGCCCCGUGUCCAUCCCCUGUGGACACGUCUUCUGCUUGGGAUGCAUUGGAGAAUACUGGAAAAUCAACGAGGCCUGCCAGUGCCCCCUUUGCAAGACUUUGUUUCCUACCAGGCCACAGCUCAAAACAGACCAGACACUACAUACUGUGAAAACACCUCAACCUUUAAAAGCUGGAGAGGUUCCCUGUGACUCCUGCUCAGCAAAACGUCCUGCAGUCAAAUCCUGCCUGAUGUGCAUGGCUUCCUACUGCACCACUCAUCUGGAAGCACAUUACCAGACUGAAGAGCUUAGGCGCCAUCUACUGGUCAGUGUGGUAAAAAACCUCGAGGAUUCUGUGUGCAAACUGCAUGGGAAGAAGUUGGAGAAGUUCUGCAGGAGUGACCGGGCGUGCAUUUGUGCUAUGUGUGCACAGACAGAGCAUUGGAGCCACAACAUCAUUUCUAUUAGCCGGGAAGCCUUUAAGAAGAAGGUUAUUGUAAAACGAAGGAGGAUGAAACUUCAGCAAGAGGUUCAAGAUAGAGUGAGUGAAGCUGAGAAAAUCAAACUCACUGUAGAUCUCAGUGGACAAAGUCCAAAAGAGAAAUGGCAAACAAAUAAAGAGCUCGAACAGCUGGAAGAUGAAAUCGUUGAGCUCCAGAGGAGAAAUGCUGAGCUAGAACAGCUCUUGAAGAUUGAAGAUGAUCUCUUAUUCUUACAGAGAUCUCUCCAUGGUGCUUUGUGAUUCAAGAAACAUGCUGAUCAACAAAUCUUUAUUUAUGUGUUUGUUUGUUUGUUUUUUUAGCUAUAAAAUGAUUAUGUAAUCUCAGCUGGGUGGGUGUGUUAGCUUUCAAGGAAAAGUAUGCUCUGAUUCAUGAGAAAGAGAUGAGAAGUGUCACUCAAUUAUUUUUGCAUUUAAUGUAAGGAUACAACCAGCUGACUUUUAGCCUACAGUGAAACACAAACUUGAACUAUUUAUACUUUUGAACCUCAAUAAUACUUUUAAAAAGGAAAAGCUAGCUAGUUCCCAGGAUUUCCAAUGCUAAGCUAAGCUAAACUGUUGCUAAGCUAAACUAAGCUAAGCUGCCGGUGGCUGUGGUCAUACAUUUAAUGUAAAUGGUAUUGAUCUCAUGUAUCACUCUGCCAGAAAUCCAAUGUAUGCACUGAAUUUUAUAUUUUAUAUUUUUAUAUUUAAAAAAUGAAUCGUUUAUACGGGUUUAAAGAAACUGUGAAGUUUAGAAACCUCAGGGACGUUGAACUUGGUUGUAUGAAUGUAACUUAUUACUGGGUGGGUGAUGCAAUUAACUGCUAUUCAGUGCCAAAAAUGCUUUUGUCUUCCUUUUUGAUUAACCAAUAAAAUGUAUGUAAAAUAAAACUUAUGAUGAGCAAUAGGCAGUAUUUCGACCGAAGUCCUGUGCAAUAAAAAGGUCUUGUGA